GUUAAAUGAAGAAGCCCCCCUCCUUCCAAAAAGUUGGCUAAACAACUGGAAUGGUUUUCCAAAUAUUUGACAAUUGAUGUAUAAAUUAUUGUAUGGUCCUGCGCUAGCUUCAAAUAGGAUUUACCAUGUCGGAUUGUUAGUGACUAGCGGCAGUAAACGCCAGCUCUGCUAGUGAGCGCCGUCUGCAGCUGCCUGGACAGCUACCAUGUUGUCAUCGCAGAAACUAAUAAGAGUUAUUUAUGUAACGUGCCACGAUAAAAGGUGAUAAAAGUUACCUGUUCAACAAAAACUCUCCCUCACUUCGUCGCAUUUCCUCUUGACUCCGCCCUUUCUUCUGUCAGCCUGCGUUUUCUUCCCACUUUUGGUGGUGGGGCGAGCAGCAGUGUUUUUUUUUCUUUUUUGCGUCCUUCUCCAUCACAGCUCCUGUAGCUAAGUUGCUACGCUACUUUUAGCCGCUCAGAGCUCUGAGGAGGGCCGGUAGAGUGGGAGGGGACGAGUCGGAACUACGGGAGAGGGGUGUGUCGAAUACAGCAAGAUGAUUGGAUGGAGAGGUGGACCAGGAGAUUGACCAAUAGGAGCUGUCUGGGACGGAUGGCUCCCAUUGGUGUUGGCAGGAUAGUCAGUCAGUAUGGAGAGCAAAAACAGGCAGAACGCAGUCCACUGUAAUGGCAUCAGAGGUUAUAAUCUUGUUUGUGUUUCAGGGUUACGGUGGAGUUGAGCUGAUUGUCUCUGGACUCCAUACUGAACAGACUGGGACGCAUCAGAGACCAGCUGUCUGUGGUUGCUGGGAAGUGAGGACAGCUGACUGGCUUGUUUGUGCGAUGACAUCACAGCUGUCUGAGGACAUUUUGAUCGGACUGAUGCUGAACUGUUUGAACGGAAGCUGGCAGAACUUUUCUCUGUGUUUGAGUCAUUUCAUCACCGUGCUGCAGAUUCACUCGUCGGUCAAUAAUGGAGAUUUGUCGGAUCAAUAUGCACUCGGCCUGCCAACAUAAUUAAAGGAAAACAAAAUUAUUAUUAAACAAAGAAAACAUUUGUUAUGUUUGAUUUAAAAUUUUAGGGGAAAAAUGUGUUACUUUGCAUUUCUUUGUCAUCUUUAUUAUGGUUCUUUAAGCUGUGGAUAUUCAGACCCCUGGACUGAUUAUCAUCUUCACCUGUUUCAUGGAUGUCGGUCAGUUUAAUACUGUGAAUAUCUAACCUGAGGUGCUCCAUAUCAGCCUCAUUCUCUGGACCAAGAUGUUUGUUAAUCAUUUCUUUCUCACAUGCACCAAAAUAAACGUCUUUUCUAACUGUC